UGGGAAAACACACGAGACGAACUGACGUCGAGGAUUCUGUCAAAGCGUUCUUUUUGAUGAUGCCAUUGUCAAAAAUUAUAUCUUUUUAAUAAACAAGAAUGGAUGAUUUAUAUUGCAAUAUAUCACCUUCUACAGAAUAUGAUUAUCAUCGUGCCAUGGCACAUCAUGCUAAUGUUACUUCUUCUUCAAGUAACUCUUCAUUACAAUCGCCAAUGGGACAACUACAAAUGAUGCCAGCUGGAUUAAAUCUCUCAGUAAAUUCUAAUCAAGGAAUGCAGGCAAUAAUAUCUAACACUGUUAACAAUAAUGUUGGUCAUAACAUGAUGCGUUGUAGUAAUAUGUAUGAUGGCAAUAUCGGAUGUAAAGGUAUAUAUGGAGGAGGAAAUAAAUCGAAAGCAAAGAAACCAAAAGUCAAUAAAGAUGGAAUUCCAGCACCUAAAAGAGCAAUAACAGCAUACAUUAAUUUUACUCAAUGGUAUCGUGAAGAAAUUAAGAAGACUGGGAGAUCAAUUCCAAAGAUUGGAGAAUUUGGGAAAGAAUGUGCAAAUAAAUGGAAUUCUAUGAAAGAUGAAGAUAAACAACCAUUUCUUGAUGUAGCAGCAAAAGACAGAGAGCGUUACAGAAAAGAGAUGGCAAUUUUUAAACCUGCAAAAGACACAAAUAAACCAAAACGUCCAGGAACAGCAUUUAUGCUGUUUAUGGCAGACUUUAGAAAAGAAAUGGCUGGUAAAGAACCAGAAGGAGGUGUUGCAGCUUUGGCUAAACUUGCUGGAGAAAGAUGGAGGGGAAUGUCUGAAGAAGAUAAACGGCCAUAUGUUGAAAAACAAAAUGAGGAGAGAGUUCGCUAUGAACAGUCUAUGGAAGAGUAUAGAAGAAAACAAAGUACAGAAGGUGUCACUCCACUUAAUCAAACCAACUCUUUGGAGGAACAAACCCCAGAU